UGCCAGUUCACCAGUCCUUCAGUUGCCUAGAGAUCAUAAACAGUAGUAGCCAAGCCACUGGAAAGGAUGUGUGGCUGCGCCUCUAGCACUAAGACUACCUCCUAUUCUCUGGAUCAUUCAAAUGAUGUUUCUUCAACCAAAGUUUCCAAGAAAACACUCAAACGCAUUCCAAUUUCCAGGCAGUUGGCUUCUAUAAAGGGUCUAGGAAAAAGCUCUGAUCUGGAAAAAGCUGUGGCUACAGCAGCCUUGGUUUAUGAUAAUGCGGCAGAUGCUGAGGGCAAACUCAGCAAAAGUGAAGCUAAGAAGCUGCUCCUCCUUCAGUUUAUGAAUUUUAUACAGGGUCAAGAAACCAAACCAAAGUACCAGGAAAUGAUGUCUGCUCUUGAUGAGAACAAGAAUGACAAAAUCGAUUUUGAAGAUUUUAUGGUUCACGUGGUUAGCCUCACCUUGAUGUCUGAUCUGCGGCAAGAGAUUCAAAAUGCACAGAAAUCUAAAUGAUUAAGAACAAUAAGUAAACAAACUGGGUUGGGAAAGGGGGAGGUUGGAUUUUUAAAGCAAAUGCUUUAGGGAACAUUUCUAUUCCAGUUGGAAUUAUUUGGGACAUUAUUAAUAUCUAUCAAUGAAUCAAUAUUAUAGACCCAUGAUGGCAAACCUAUGGCAUGUGCACCAGAGGUGGCACACAGAGCCCUCACUGUGGGUACCUAUGCU